AAGCCCAGUUUUUAAUGAGGCAGUCAGUCACUAAGUCGGGUUACGAUAUACAUAAAAAAUGAACACUUUUGCAGUUUUCCUUAUGACGGUGGUUGCCGUGGCGACGGCCGCGCCAUCUGCGAUUUUGGUUGACGAGGAUCCCGUCCCAGUCGUGAAUGUAACGACUUGUGGUGGAUUUGUUAAUGGAUCUUCAGCCGCGAUCAAUUUCCAAUUGGGUGGAGUCAUUCCAGUUGGCCAAGUCUGCUUGUGGACCGUGCAAGCGACCUAUGGCUCACUUCGUUUCACCUUGAAGGAAUCCGGCCUUGGAAGCGGGGAUAGUUUGAAACUGACCAGAUUUAUCGGAGCCACUCCAGGAUAUCAAUACAAUGUUACUGAAGUAGGAGCUAACUACACCUACACCGCGGGAACAGUUCUCGUGAGCUUGGAAGCCGGAGCUGGCGCAAAUAGUGGUUUCAGCCUCGAGAUGUACUCAAGUGGCGACCUUGAUGCCGGUGGGGGUGGUUUCACCCAUUAUGCUACUUACCUGAAUUCAACCGGAGCUACAUCCUACCCGGGUAACGGACUUCCAUACAACAACGACGAGACAGCGGUUUUCAUCGUGAGCCCCUCUCAAGCAGGAAGUCGCACUCUGACCUUUACAGGGAUGGAUGUGGAAGGUAGUACAGGCUGCAUUUACGACUCGGUCGAAGUUUUUGCCUGGGAAAUGGGAGGUCUCUCGUCGAAAGCAAGGGUUUGCGGAACACAGCUACCACCACCAAUCGCGUUAGACAAAGGUCUAGGAGUUAUAAUCUUCAAGACGGAUUCUUCCGUGACUUCUGGAGGUUUCGCAUUCAACUGGAUGUAGAAAUAUACCAUUUGUAAUGUGUUAUAGUUGUUCACAUAUUAUACAUAUUUUUGUCUUUUGACAAGUCAAAAUAAAAUAAAUAUUUAAAACAAUA